UUGACACUGUUUCGACCUUUGCACCGUCUACGCAAUAUGAUGUCACGGUACGUCCACUUCUAUAUUAGAAUUUAUUAGCAUAAAAAAAUUUACUUCACUAAACGGCCCGGUUUGAUAGCGUGAUUUUGCUUCUUGCGGUCGAGAAAGACAAAUGUAAACCCGAGAAUGUGAUGUUUCGCGUUUGCCCGUUCCGAUAGAACUAACGAAAGUUCUUAGUUCACUGGAAAACUUCCGCAUCCCCCCUGGUGCAGUAAGAUUUUGUAUUGAUCUUUCAUUUCUGGGCGUUUUUCUCGAUGGUUUCCUGAGCAGUGUAAGCUCAAUGAAAUUAGAAUAUAUUUUAUAGUAACAAAUACGUACGUUGCUCGUACACAUGUGAUGCUACUAAGCUGUACACUACUAACACGGCCAGGUCUCUGCAGUAGAGCAGCCAUCAUCGUCACCGCCAGCCAGUUGUCUAGUUUCGUGCAAACUACGAUGAGUGGCAGUGCGGAUUUGUUAACAGUGAUAUCACCAGCUGAUUGGCCAGAAUUACGCGAUUUAUACCGUGACAAUUGGCCAUGCAAUCUUGUGGCGUACCACACUGUGGACAAUUUCAUCCGUUGGCAUCGGAAGGAUCCCAGUAUCAAGAAUCUUACGUUCUACAGCCUAAAUAACAACUGGCGAACGGACGGUACUUACGUGAUAGUGGAUCGCUAUCAGCUGUUUGUGUAUACUCUUGCUCCCAGCAGCAGUGACGUCGUAGAGCGAGCAUUGCACUUGUUAGAUUGGAACCGAGGGUUCAAAGUAAGUUCAUUGCUGGCAAGACAUAGGAAUGCAGUGAUUAAUGUUAUUGAGGCCAAAGGCCUCCGGAAGGAGUAUGAUAGCUGCACUUAUCUGUACCACAUGCCUAAGGAAGAGUCCGCCAGACUAGACAGCGCUGUACCCGACGGAUUCCGGUUAGGAACUCUGACAGAGGAAGAUGUCAUAAAAGCGGAGGCAGUAUGGCCUAAUAAACACGUUGGGUCUCUAUUCCUGUUGAAAAGGCUUGCUGCAUGGAACCCUAAUGUGGCUCUGUACAACCCCAAUGGAGAUUUGGUUGCUUGGUGCUUUAGGUUACAGGCAGGCGCACUAGGCGCACUGCAGGUGGACGAAAAGCAUCUAAAGAAAGGCUACGGUACUAUAGUCACUAUCGAAAUGGCCAAAAAGCUUGCCAGUAUAAAUGAAGAUUGUUUUGCUUUAGUAAAUAGUGCCAACAUUCCAUCCAAACGAAUGUUCGAAAAGCUUGGCUUCCGUCAUUCAGAUUAUGCUUACUGGCUGAGAACAUAUCCCACUGAGCCUUUCCAAUGGACGGACGAAUAAAGGAGGUUCCAGAAGGGUUAAAUAAUUAUCGUUGCAAGCAAUUAAUUAGUCAAAUUGUUACAUCCAAAUAUAUUUUAUUAUUCAAACUAACCAAAGUUAA